AGGAGUGGAGAGGCAAGACUGUCUCCCUCCUUCCCCGUGCUUUUCUUCAGCAUCGUUUCACUUCGUCAUGGAUCUCUGGAGUAAAACAGUCCUGGGAAUUAAUGCACAUGUCGCCCUUAUAUUAUUCAGCUUGUAUGGGGCAGUGAAAGCUGAGGUGUGUCACAGUCCGCUGGUAUCCAACCUGCCACCAUCAUCGUUCAGGAGCUCAUCACAGUUAUCCGGCAGCCAUGGACCUGGCUUUGCCAAGCUGAACCGCAGAGAAGGAGCUGGAGGUUGGUCUCCUCUGAGUUCAGACAGAUAUCAGUGGUUGGAAGUCGACCUGGGUGGGCGGACACGAAUCACUGCUGUUGCAACACAAGGCCGCUAUGGCAGUUCUGACUGGCAGACAGCCUACCUGCUGAUGUUCAGCGACACAGGGCACAACUGGAAACAGUAUCGACAGGAAGACAGUAUAGGGGCAUUUGCAGGUAACAGUAAUGCAGACAGUGUGGUUCAGCAUAAGCUACAGCACCAAGUGAUCGCUCGCUACGUCCGCCUGAUUCCUCUCAACUGGAAUCCAAAUGGUCGGAUUGGACUCAGACUGGAAACCUAUGGAUGUCCUUACAAUUCUGACGUGUUGAGUUUCAAUGGCCGAAGCAGCCUCAUCUACAGGUUGACUCCCAGGCCGAGGCAGAUGUCCAGUGAGAGCAUCAGCCUGAAGUUUAAAACCCUGAAGAACUCUGGGAUACUGCUUCACGCAGAGGGACAGAACGGGCACAGCCUCACCUUGGAGUUAGAAAAAGGAAAACUUCAAUUGCUCAUCAGAAAAGGAAAAAGUUUGUCUCCUGACAGCCGGUAUCUUGUGACUCUGGGCAGCCUGCUAGACGACCAGCACUGGCAUCACGUUGCAGUGGAGCAUCACAGCAAUCACCUCAAGCUCACAGUGGACAAAAGCACAGAGUGGGUGCACAUCUCACCAACAUUUGCACAUUGGGACCAUGAUCAGAUGAUACUGGGAGCACAGCAGGGCUUCAGCUAUACGUCAUUCUAUGGCUGUCUGGAAAACCCAGUUUACAAUGGCCUGCACCUGGUAGACCUCGCUAAACAAAAAGACCAGCGGGUUACAGUGAAGGGCAAUGUGACCUUUUCAUGUUCUGAACCCGUUUUUGUUGCCAUGACGUUCACCGGCCCCCAGAGUUUCCUUCGGUUACCAAGGAUAGAUCAAUCCUCACUGGGUAUCUCAGUGGGACUUCAGUUUCGGACAUGGAACAAGGCCGGGCUGCUCCUGACCUUUGAACUCCCAAAUCGAGAAGGCAGAGUCUGGCUUUACCUGAGCAAAGCCAGAACACAUUUACAGAUCCACAAGUCUGGCAGGGCACCCCUGGAGCUCAACGCAGGUUCAGCUCUGAAUGAUGGUCAGUGGCACUCUGUGGACUUGAUAUCAGGAGGAGGACGUCUGACCAUCACAGUGGAUGGUGAUGAAGGAGCCAGUGCUCACGCGAGCCCCUCAUUUUUAAUUACCACAGGAGGUCAUAUAUUCUUUGGUGGUUGUCCUGCUGAAGAAAAUAGCCAGGAGUGUUUGAACCCCUUCAAAGCUUUCCAUGGAUGCAUGCGUCUACUGACUGUGGACAACCGGCCAUUGGACCUGAUCAAGGUGCAGCAGAGGCUGAUCGGAAACUACAGUCACCUGCAAAUCGAUAUGUGCGGCAUUAUUGACAGAUGUUCCCCCAGCCACUGUGAACAUGGAGGCAGCUGCAGUCAGUCAUGGAGCACCUUCCACUGUAACUGCACUGGGACCGGGUACAGCGGAGCCACUUGUCACAGCUCAAUAUACGAGCAGUCCUGCGAGGCUUACAAACACAAAGGCAACAUUUCGGGGUAUUAUUACAUUGAUGUGGACAGCAGCGGACCCAUCAAGCCACAGCUGUUAUACUGCAACAUGACAGAGGACAACACAUGGAUGGUGAUCCACCACAACAACACAGACCUAACGAGAGUCCAGCCAUCACCAGAAGUGAAUACAUAUGAAGUGCAUUUUGAAUAUGCAUCUGAUGAGGAGCAACUAGCAGCAAUCAUAAGCCUAUCAGAGCACUGCGAACAGGAAAUUGCUUAUCAUUGCAGGAAGUCACGCCUACUCACCUCAUCAGAGGGCUCUCCACUCAGCUGGUGGGUAGGAGGCCCAGGUGUGGGACAAAUGCACACUCACUGGGGCGGAGCUCCACCAGGGAGCCAGCAAUGUGCCUGCAGUCUGCAGAAUAACUGUGUGGACUCCAGAUAUCACUGCAACUGUGAUGCUGACAGCAAUGAAUGGACUAAUGACUCAGGCCUGUUGACCCAUAAGGAGACGCUCCCGGUUAGAUCUCUGGUGUUGGGUGAUAUCCAGAGGCCUGGCUCCGAAAGCACCUACAAGGUGGGACCUCUCCGUUGUCAUGGAGACAAAAAUGUUUGGAACGCUGCAUUUUUUGACAAGGAGACAUCAUACCUCCACUUUCCUACAUUACACGGAGAGCUGAGUGCCGACAUCUCCUUCCUGUUUAAAACCACUUCAUCAUCUGGUGUCUUCCUGGAAAACCUGGGCAUCAAAGACUUCAUUCGGAUUGAACUCAACUCCUCCAAUGAGGUCCUCUUCUCCUUUGACGUGGGUAAUGGGCCAUUGGAGGUUUCGGUGAAAGCUGGAUCACCGCUGAAUGACAACAGGUGGCAUCGUAUUCAAGCCGAGCGAAACGUUAAAGAGGCAUCGCUUCGCCUCGACGAGCUUCCUGCUGUCACGCAGGAGGCGCCGGCUGAUGGGCACAUCCACCUGCAGCUGAACAGCCAGUUAUUUAUAGGAGGCACAGCUUCAAGGCAGAAGGGCUUUCGAGGUUGCAUCCGCUCUCUGCAGUUGAAUGGCGUCACUCUGGACCUGGAGGAGAGAGCAAAGAUCACCCCUGGGGUUCAGGCAGGAUGCCCAGGUCAUUGUAGCAGCUACGGCUCGCUGUGCCAAAAUCAGGGUCGCUGUGUGGAGAGACCCACCAGCUUCUCCUGCGACUGCAGCUCAUCCGCUUACACUGGACCUUUUUGCAACAAAGAGGUUUCAGCCAGCUUUAAGUCAGAAACAUCAGUCACUUAUGUCUUCAAGGAGCAGAUGGUGAACGAGCUGAACAGGAGCAGCAGUGGCAGCAGCUCCUUCCCCUCCUCCAUCUACUCUGACAUAACCCUAAAAGCAGAAAACGUGUCCCUGAGCUUCAGGACCAGCCAGAGUCCUGCUCUGCUCCUGUACGUCAGCUCCUACCACAGAGAGUACUUUGCUGUGCUGCUCAGCAAGCCAGAUAAGCUAGAGGUGAGGUACAGACUGGACAGCAGCAAAGAUGCAGAGAUACUGAGGAGCAAAGUGAAGAACCUCGCCGACCGACAGCUGCAUGUUAUUACCAUCAGUCGACUGGCAGACGUUGUCUCUAUGCAGAUUGACCAGAAUCCCAAAGAGGACUUCAACUUGACAUCUGGUGUAGAAUUCAAUGGCAUAAGGUCGCUGGUUCUUGGCAGAGUGCACGAUUCUGAAGGGUUGGAUCCGGACUUGGCUCAGAUUGCUUCUCUGGGUUUCACUGGCUGUCUAUCUGCUGUCCUCUUUAACUCCAUCAGCCCUCUGAAAGCUGCUCUGCUGCACCCAAAAACUAGUCCAGUUACCGUAACUGGUCCGCUGAUCCAGUCCAUUUGUGGCUUUACUUCAGCCAACCUCUCUCAUGCAACAGAAACCACACACCAUCUAUCAGGCCAGUCUGGAUCAGUGGGAACAGGUCAGCCUUUAGUGAAUGCCAUCAGGAGUGACUCAGCUCUCAUCGGAGGUGUGAUAGCCGUGGCGAUCUUUGUGACCGUGUCUGCAUUAGCCGUAAUGGCCCGAUUCCUCUACAGGAGGAAAUGCACAUGUCAGCGCCAGGAAGUAAAAACAGUGAAACCCGAAGACAAUCCAGAGUUGCCAUUCAGAAGUCGGAUCACUUCACAGAACGGUCCCACUGAGAACCAGAAGGAAUAUUUUAUUUAAGUGACGGUUCAACUUGCUUCUGGCCUGGCAGUGUUGGAGCUAAGGGGACAGACAGAGAUAGAGAUGCCUUGUCAAGCCUCAGUGCUUUACACAACAAACUGAGCCUGACUACUGGCUCAACAAGACAGUAAGACACAGACAGAACCAGAAACUCAUGUUCUUUCAUUUUGUUUGCUUUGUUUUUGCUUCUAUGGUAGUGUUUUUAAACAGACUCUAAAAAUGGUCAUUUGUCAAUAUCAUCGGUGGAAAAACUGUACAUAGAAAAUGAUGUAAAUGUUACAAUUCUGACUUUAUAUCAACCCCUCUUGUGAUUAUAGAAAGAACAGGACAAGAACAGGAAUGAUGUUGAUAAGGAAUGUCUGCUGUUUUGUCAGUGAGCUCAGUUCAUUUAUUUUAAUGUUAUAUUUCAUGGUGGGAAAGAAAAGUGUAUCUGUUCACAAUGAACAUGUUUGUGUUCUCUUUUCUUUAACAUUAUCUGUUAUUCAUGCUUCUUUCAUUGUUACACAAAGCAAAGUAUGGCUCGUAUUUAUUUUCUGGAAUCUGUUAUCUGAACAAAGGUGGAAAAACCACAGAUUGGUAGAAGUUGAGGUACUGAUUUAACUUCUUUACUCAAGUAAGUAAAAACCAAAAGGCUUUGGUCAUGUAAGGACAUUGCUGACUAUUUUGGUUCAACGAUAGCGGACUAAUGUCUUCAUUUUCUCUCACGAUGUCACUUUUCUCUAGCGCAGGCAUGUCUUUGCUUUCCACUCAUAUUCCCUGCAUAUAUGUUUUUCGUCUUUCAUCUCUAUCACAUCUUUUUAUAUCACGCAUGAUAAACACCAGUAAUGGAUACACCACACUUCAUUACUUCCCGCCUCCGGUUCCAAUGAAGGCAUUCCACUUUUUGUCCCAAUAUCAUUUUUUUUCCUUUUAUCUGAAAGUCAGUUAAGUAUGAACAUGUUUUUUUUUAUGUAUCAACUGGUGCAGACCAAAGGACUAUAUGAAAAAUGUAUAACAUAAAUAUUAUAUUUUGAGCCAAGUACCUCCAACCCACUUCCUGGCCAAAUAAAACCCCCAAAUUUGCUCCUAUAAGUUUCACCUUCAUUGAAAACAACUUGUUUAGGUUUAUAAAGGUUUGGGUUAACAACACAAGAAAUACAUUGUCCUAUGUAAAAUAUUUUGUCAACCCAUCACUCCACCCCAAUCUCCUCUCCGUGGAAGGUUAGUGAGAUUAGAAAAACCUCAUCUAAAUUCUUCAGUUUCUCUCAUUGUGUUCAUUGCUCUUAGCCGGGAAUGGUGUGAAAAUUAAAUGUAGUGAACCGCUUGCAUACACAGUAUAUGGUCAUGUUUUUGCUGAGAACAUUGUAAGUUGUCUUUUUCUAUGGUGUAUUUUAAGCAAGGACUGGAUUUCAGUUUUAUUGUAUUUUCUCUUUUCAUCCCAGAUGUCAUUAGAUUUUAUUAGCUGAUUCAGCAGCAUCUUCGUGUGCAAGUUAAAAAUGACCCCUACGAAACCUGACCUUUGAACUGAGGAGAAGUCAUGGAAGUGUGUUUCAAUGAUGGCACCAAAUGCUUGAAGACGAUGCAGGGCAUGCUGGGAAAAACAACAUAGCUUUAUCACUCCACUACAUGUAGAAGCAUGCAGACGGGCCUGGAGGAGGAACAGAAGACCAAAUAAUAAUGUCGAUUAAAUGCAAAACCACGGACUAAAGAGGACACUGAAUCGGUUUAUAUAGUGUGAACUCUUUAGUGAAUGUCGUGUUGAGUUGUUUUGAAGAGUACUUUUCAAGGUGGUGUUGAUAGGUUUGGUUCUCUUCUAGUAGUGCUUCACUUCUGAACUAUAGCAGCACAAUCCUUUUUAAUUGUACUGAAGGUUUACUGUGGUGUUAGUGAGUUAGAGUGACCUGCUGUUAGAGUUUAAUUUGUACAGCUAUUUUAGUA